AUGCGAUGCGCGAGCAAGGCCGCCGAGAGCGCGUGUGCACGUAUCUGCGCUCGUCAUGAAGACACUCAUGUCUUCACAGAGUAUAAGCUCGGUGUCUCGUACUCUCCUGAUACGGAAGACGGAUCCGUAUCGACGGCGAUCGAAACCAAGCCGCCUGCCAAGCGUGGCAUGGAUGAUGCUAUGCGUCGUAGCAUCUUUGGUUCAUCUGAUGAAUCAGACGAACCAUCGCCGAAGCGUAGGCGCUCGAGGUCGCGAGACUCGGGCGCUAACAGUGGUGUCGGUUCUCCUAUGGACACCACUUCGCAACGAGGUGUCAGUCCUUCUGUCGGCACGUCGCAGGAAGAGCGGGACCGCAAUGUCUUGCGUCUCGCUUCUGAGAAGAAGGCAUGGAUGCCUCCCAAAUUUGUCAUGGAUCACUUGUUGGCGACGACGAGUGAUCGUUAUCGGGCUACGAUUGUUCGAUUCGUCAGGGAUCCAUCACCUUGA